AUGGGAUUACAAGAUAAUAGUUUUGAAAGAACUAUCUUAGCAUUAAGCAAUGAGCUUCAAAGAAUACGUUCGGAAGCUGAAUGGAGAAAUGACGCGACAUCUCAAUCAGGGACAAAUCGAUUCUCUACUACAAGUCACGUUUCUAUGGGACAUUAUUCUGAAUAUACAGAUGAAUAUGAAACAUACUGGAUUGAAUUUACGGCCCUUUUAAUAAUAGGAGGAAAAGAGAAAGUUGUUCUCCAACACAACUGUAUUACAUUUUAUCAAUCGAAAUCGGUCUUAGUUUUAGCACAUUAG